AAAGCAACGUUGCUUCUUGGACAGGUGUCAUGACUCUCUCUCUCUCUCUCUCUCUGGUUUAUUCGCGAAGAAGGAAGAAGGAAGAAGAAGCCAUGGCAGGAGUAUGACCGAUGACUCAGGAUUGGAGCCUGUGGUGACUCGGACUUUCAGCCUCGCCUCUUUCUGCCUCGACGGGUCCAAACUCACCGAGGAUCCCAACGGUGGUGAUCCCGCCCGUUUCGUCCUCAGAAACCUUCGAAUCCGUUUCCGGCACUACCGCAAAGCAUAACAAUGAUUGGUUCUCUGUCUCUCUCUCUGCCGAUUACGAAAUCGUAUGCAUCUGUGUCGAAUCAAGCAUCUGUUUUGAGAAUUGAUAGAUAAAAGCUUUGUUGUUUUGUGAUUGUAUUUGGAUUGAGAAGGAAAAAAAACCGCUGACUUUGUUUCUUUUCGUUCUCUAUCUCUCUCUCUGUUGAUCACGAAAACCGCAUCCAUCUGAGUCGAAUCGAAAGGAUGCAUCUGUUUCGAAUUGAAACAGCUGAGUCAGAUCGUAAGGUAAAUAAUUAGUGAAAGAGUGGAGCUCUCAGGUGGUGAUCACUAGCAUUACUAUAGGAGGCCUUCUAUUGCUUAUUGGAAGCCAUCAGAAAGAAAAGCCUAUGAAACCAUUGCUCGGCGAAAAGCUCAUUAAAGCUCAACUUCAGGCCUGACCCCUUAGGGCGAACAAGAUUAGGACGGACUGAAAGGCUACAUGCUUAUUCUAUAAAAGGAAAGAGGAGAACGAGAAGGAAAUUCACAGACAGACACUAAAAUACUGACAACAAAGUUUAGGAUUUUACUAUCAAUAGAGUUUCUUUGUACUGUCGUAUCGCUUUCACCAAAGCUCUGAUCUUGUUCCCUUUUCUUAUUCUUCUUGUAAUCACGUUUGUAAUCACAUACUGAUCAAUAAAAGAUCUUUGAAAAACCAAUAAUCGAGUUUAGUUUCGCCAAUCGAUUUAACCAAACUCGGAUUUAUAACUACCCCUGUUGAAAGCCUAAGUUACAAAAAAAAAAAAAAACUACCCCUGUAAAUUGUUAUGAUUUAUAUAUUACCCAUAUUUUAUGGUUUUAUUAUGCAAAUGCAAAUUAACACUACACCCGAUAAUAGUAGAAACAACAUAUGCUGUGUUAGUAUAUUUUAAACCCAAAAUGUAUUGUUAAUAUAUGUUCAAAUUAUAUGUUAAAUAUUCAAAAAUUUAAGCAUUUUUACUAGUAUAUAUAUAUAUACCCGGUCGUCAAGCUAAACAAACGACCUUACUUUUCUACGAUCAUAUAACGAGAGAGCAAAGAACAGAGCAUGUCAAAGUACUUUCACAGCCUCUCACAAACACCACACAGGCUCAAGUCCAGGAUGCUCGCCACGUGGACUCCCGACCAAGAGGUUACCCAAGUCCGACUCCGUUCAGGCGCCGACAUGAAGCGCAAGCUCCGAUGGUUCGACCUCGUCUCUCUCGGCGUCGGCGGAAUGCUCGGAGUCGGUGUCUUCGUGACCACCGGACCCGUCGCACGUGACAUAUCUGGCCCGGCAGUAUUCAUUUCCUACAUGAUCGCUGGUUUCUCGGCACUUUUGUCCUCACUCUGCUACACCGAGUUCUCAGUUAACGUCCCUGUCGCCGGUGGAGCUUUCAGUUAUCUCCGAGUCACUUUCGGUGAGUUCAUCGGAUAUUUUGGAGGAGUCAACAUACUAUUGGAGUACGUUUUGUCAAACGCGGCGGUUGCUAGAAGCUUUACGGAGUAUAUGUGUACCGCGAUUGGCGUUUCUGAUCCAAACGCGUGGAGAGUUAAAGUAAUUGGUCUUACGAAAGGUUACAAUGAACUUGAUUUUCCUGCGGUCGUACUUGUUCUUCUCCUCACUCUUUGCCUUUGUCAUAGCACGAAGGAAAGCUCCAUGCUGAACCUAGUGAUGACGGUGUUCCACGUAAUAUUCUUCGGGUUUGUAAUAAUUGCCGGGUUCUGUCACGGUGACGGAGUCAAGGCGCUGGUGGAGCCUCGAGGCCUUACUCCAUACGGUGCUCGCGGAGUGGUUAACGGAGCUGCCGUCGUGUACUUCAGCUACAUUGGGUACGACACCGUUUCCACUCUUGCUGAAGAGAUCCAAAACCCUUCCUUCAGUCUCCCCGUCGGAAUCAUCGGCUCCGUUUCAGUCGUCUCCGUCCUCUAUUGCCUCAUGUCUCUCGUACUCUGCGUCAUGGUUCCGUACAACGAGAUAUCAAAGAGCGCGUCGUACGCGGUUGCUUUUCGGAGGAUCGGGUGGGGUUGGGCAGGGAACGUGGUUGGUGCAGGUGCCAGUCUAGGAAUCGUGGCAUCGCUUUUGGUGGCGAUGUUAGGGCAGGCGAGAUAUCUCUGUGUGAUCGGAAGAGCCAGACUGGUCCCUUCAUGGCUCGCUAAGGUUCAUCCUUCUACAGGGACUCCCUUGAACGCUACUCUCUUUCUCGGCAUAUGCACAGCUACAAUUGCGUUAUUCACCGAUCUAGAAAUAGUGAUGGAGCUGAUUUCACUAGGAACGCUCUGUGUUUUCUAUCUAGUCGCAAACGCUCUUCUCUAUCGCAAAUACACUUUAACAGGCCAAAACGCACCCUUUCACACACUCUCGUUCCUUGCCCUCCUCUCUUCUUUCUCGCUAGCGUUCUCCCUCUGGUGGAAACUGAACAAACCGUGGUGGGGCCUGACGCUAUUUAUCGCUAUCACAAUAGCGGUCACUGCAUUUUUCCAAUAUCACACGUGGUCGAUCUCGUCUACGGCUAAUAAGAAUCUUCCGACACCUUCCUGUCCCUCCAAAUGGUCGGUUCCGUUCAUGCCGUGGCCGGCGGCAGCUUCAGUGUUCCUUAACGUUUUUCUAACGACAACACUGAAAACGCUGUCGUUUCAGAGGUUUGCGAUUUGGACGUGCCUUGUAACGAUGUUCUAUGUGUUGUAUGGCGUUCAUAGGACUUAUGAGGCGGAAGAGAUGGGUAGAAUAGAUGUUGUUGAAAUUCAUGUGACUAGCACGAGGGUGCAACCGGAAAAGUUGGACAAUGUUCAAAUGGCAAUUCCUUAUAUUUAGAUUUUUUUUUUCUUCUGUGUGUUUUUUUUUGAUUAACCUGGGGAUAUUCCGGAUCUAUGGAAGGGCCCAGACUAAUCCCCAAGGGGAGGUGCAGCUCACGGAUAGACCUUCUUUCCGGGUAUGCAAAUGGGCCCUAAAGCAUAGGCCCAUAUCUGUGUUGGUGUCCAGAAAUCAUGACUUAGUUCCCUCCAGCAGGGUUCGAACUCACAACCUGGGUGCAGGAAGAAGCCCGUCUUUACCAUUGGGCCAUGAUGUUCUGUGUGUUGAGUUAAGAAUAUCGGUAUAGUUGACGCCAAAUUUAUGUGGAUUUACGAAACAAUUAAAAUGAUCUAAGUGAUU